GCUAGGGGAGCGUUGUCAAGCGUUGAGUUGAAAAACAUUAUCUGAUUAUAUGUAUAAACUAUUUGGUGAAUGCGCGUUUUUAUGUAAUUAUGGAUGGACAAAGAGCAGAGAAGCGGGAAUUAUCGCAAGAAUUAGAACCCGUAUUGGUGAGAGUUAUGAAAAAGAGUAAAAUUACUCAAGACAUUCACAUAACCAAAAAUGAGUUCAAACUUGGUAGGAGUCUCGAGAACGACUUUGUGAUAAAAGAUAUUUGCAUUUCACGGCAACACUGCAUCUUCCGACUCACAGAGGACGAUCAAUGGUCUAUAACCCAUUGUAGUUCCGUCAAUCCUAUUCUGAUUAACGACAAUCCUAUAUACAAAGGAGCCACGAACAUCCUUCAAGUCGGAGACGUCGUGCAAUUAAAUCCCGAAGAAGAAUUUAAAUACGUAUUUACUCUAAAUAUUAAAUCCGACCAAGCUGUGAAAAAACCUCGACUCGAAGGGCGUCUCUUCGACGAUGUUCUCAACGAACAAAAAUCCUUUGUAGCAGCUCAAGAGACCAAAAGGAAAGAUCUCGAAGAUCAGUUGCAAGAAAAACAAAAGGAACAAAUCGAACUCCAAUUGGAACUUGACAGGCUGCGAAAAGAAAAGGAAAUAUCACAGGAACUUGGCAAACAAAUUGCAACCUUGGAGCAAAAAAUUGAAUUGGGCAACGUCUUGGAGAAAGAAUUGCACAACAAAUAUCGGGAACUUCUUGAUAAGCUGGAAGAGGAAAAACGAAAAUUUGAAGAGAGAUUAGCCGAGGAGAAAAGAAAAUGGCAAGAGGCUUUAGAAGCGAGCAAGCAGGAAAAAGUGACUUUGGAAAUUAGUAUGAAGGAACAAAUGGAAGAGUGGAAAUUGAAGCAACAAGAGGAAUGGAAGAGUAAGAUGGAUUCCCUCGUUUUGGAGGAAAAGAACAUGCAAGAUAAAUUAUUAAAUGAAAAAACACUCCUGGAACAGAAACUCAAGGAAAUGGAGGAUACUCUGAGGGAGAAAGAAAAUGCGAUCCAGCGAAUUCCUUCUGCAAAUAUUAUAGAAACAACAGUCGACUUGUUGGAAAACGCUAUAGUCGUUGAAAUACCUCAUAGUAGUAGUUUAGGUACUUUAAACAUUCCUAGCACUGCUACAAAUAGUGAUAUCCUUGACACAAUAGAUUUAACACUGGACAGUCCACGAUCUUCGUCAAUAGAGCAAGCCAACAAAGUAAUUUUCGGUAAAGUGGAGAACAUAAUGGAGGAACAAUUAACUUGCAGUAUCUGUUCCGAAUUAUUCGUGAGGGCGAUGACUACAAAUUGUAUGCAUACGUUUUGCAACCAUUGCAUUAUGACUUGGAUGAAGAAAAGUAAAGAGCCAGUUUGUCCGGUCUGCAGGUCAAGAGUUAUUUCUAUGACGAGGUCUUUAGUCAUUGACAACUUCAUUGAAAGGAUGGUGGAGAAUCUACCACCAGCGAGCAGACACCGACGAACUAAGCUCGUCAAGGAGAGGAAAGAAUUAGCUAAGCAGACAAAAAACAUUGCUGUCAAGAGUCAUAAAAGAAAAUAAUUAAAUCUUGCUGGAGCCAAACCAAAAAUUGUUCUGUGAAGAUUUUCUUUUGAUUUUUGAUAAAGUCGAAACGUGACUCGAAUUUCAAUAUCGUUUAUGAUAUCUUGCAUCUUCCGUGGACGGAAGGUAUGAACUCUCGUUAUUAAUUUUUGUUGCGUGUAUAAAUACUCAAGUUUUUAUAUAGAUUGCGUAAAAAUAUCAGUAUUCCUAAUUUAUGGAUUGGUUGGAUAAUAUUUUUUUACAAACUGUUUGUACCUCUCAAUUUUGUGACAUUAUUUAUAAGUGUUUAUUUAAUUUGCGUUCUGAAUUUCGAUACUUUAAUUCUUAGUAGUGAUAAGGAAUAGCAAUAAGAUCGAGUUACUUGUACAGUAUAAAUUUAUAUUUUAAGUGCCAUUUGAAACUGUGAAUUUCUUAAAAUUUGUAACUAAAAUUUAAGCGUCAA